AUGUACACCGGCUUCCUUCUCUUCUUCUCCGCGCUCCUCACGGGCGCCCUCGCGCUGAGCUCUCCGCCGUCGGGAGCGAUCACGGUCGGGAACGGCGGCAAGUACUCGAAGCUGUCUACCGCGCUCAAGGACACAUCUAGCUCGACGUACUUUAUUUACGCCGGCACGUACACCGACACCGCGAUCAUCACGCGCGCGAACGUCAAGGUCUACGGACAGACGAACACCGCGGGCUCCUACACCGGGAACACGGUCACGAUCACGAACAAGAUUCCCGCGUCCUCCGCGGGCUCGAACGACGCGAGCGGGACGGUGCAGGUGCACGCGACGGGCGUGUCCCUCUACAACCUCAACAUCGCGAACACGUACGGCAAGCCCGUCGACCAGUCCCAGGCGAUCGCGCUCAGCGUGCAGGCGGGCACCUUUGGCGCGUACGGGUUGAAGAUCUCAGGCUACCAGGACACGCUCCUCGCGGACAAGGGCACACAAUUCUACUCGAACUGCUGGAUUGAGGGCGCGGUGGACUUUAUCUUUGGCCAGCAGGCGUCCAUCUGGAUCACCAAGUCCGUCAUCAACACGGUCGGCACCGGGUACAUCACCGCGUCCGGGCGGUCGAGCAACGACGCAAACUGGUACGUGAUCGACCACACGACGGUGCAGGGCACGGGGACGCUGUACCUCGGCCGGCCGUGGCGCGAUUACGCCCGGGUCGUCUUCCAGAGCUGCAGCCUCGGGAGCAACAUCCAACCCGCGGGCUGGUCCAUCUGGAGCUCCUCGACGCCGAACACGGACCACGCCACGUUCGCGGAGUACGCCAACACGGGCUCCGGGGCGUCGGGCACGCGCGCGAGCUUCGCGUCCAAGCUCUCGUCGGCGGUGUCGAUCACCACGGUGCUGAGCUCGACGAGCUGGAUCGACCAGUCUUUCCUCUGA